AUGUUAUCGAAUUUACAUUUAUCUCGAUUGAUCCGUUCUCUAUCAACAACACCGACAAGAUCCUUACACUAUUCACCACAUUUUGUCAACUCAUUGAAAUACAAAAAAUACAAGGCUCCAAAGGAUCCCUCAAAACUUCCAGAGGUACCAGAGACUUUUGCUAAAUAUGAAAAAUUAGCCAGUAAAGAGUCAACAUGGACCUUUGUCACUUCACCCACGCGGGUUAACACUUCGAUAAUUCAACGCAAAGGAUCUUUGCUAUCAAGGCGACAUCCGCGUCUCAAGCCAAAGAAUCUACCUGACAAAUGGGCGUUGCAGUUGAACCGAAAAUUACCGUGGACCGAAAAAUCUAUUAGAAUAGGUGUUAUUGCUAAAAAAAAAGGUAUGAUGGCGUUAUGGGACGAAUGGGGUGUAAGACAGCCUUGUACAGUUUUACAGUUGGAAAAUGUUCAAGUAGUACAAAUCAAGGAAAAUGCCAAAUUUGUUAGUCCAGAUUUAGUAUCUGUUCAAGUUGGUUGUACAGAUAAGAAAAAAAAUGUACCGAGGCCUCAGCUAGGCCAUUUCAAAUCCGCCGGUGUACCUCCAAAAUGGAAAUUAAUGGAAUUCCAUGUAACUCCUGAUGCUGUUCUUCCCGUUGGUACUGAAAUUAGAGCGGCCCAUUUCGUUCCGGGACAAUAUGUUGACUUACAGGCACCAACGCUUGGAAAAGGUUUCGCUGGUGUAAUGAAACGAUGGGGUUUCAAAGGGUUGCCCGCAUCGCAUGGUACCUCCCUUGCUCAUCGAUCGGCCGGUUCCACGGGUCAAAACCAGUCUCCAGGUAGAGUCUUCAAGGGUAAAAAGAUGGCGGGCAGAAUGGGAGGAAAAAAUUGCACCGUGGUUAAUGCCAAGGUUCUAAAAAUAGAUAAUGUCCUGAAUUUGAUCUACGUCAAAGGACCAGUUCCAGGGUAUGACGAUCAAUUUGUUAGGAUUAGGGAUUCUGUGAAUAAGAAAGGGGCUGCAUGUUUUCCAUCUGACUGCAUUCCACCACCCUUUCCUACUAUUGAUCCAAGUGUAGAAAAAUUCAUGCCUAGAGAAUUGGUAACAAAAACUGGUGGUACCGAUCCUUUCGCUUUAAAGGAAUCUUGA